AUGCAAAUCAUCGUACUUUUUCUAUAUAUCUCUCAAAAUCUCAAUGCUAUACAAAUCAAUAAUCAAGAAAAAAAAUAUUUCACUAAUCUUAUCAAACGAGAUGUCUAUAGUUCUUCUAUUCAAAAUCUCAAUUGUUUUACAAAAACAUAUGAGAAUGAUGAUGAUACUAUUAUUUUUAAUACACCAAAUUUUACAUUUAUUGAUUCUUUAUUAUCUGUAAUUUCAAUAAAUAAAUCUAAAUCAUCUGUUCGUGAUCAUACAAUAUGGUUAAUACAUCAGAUAACUUCAAAUAAAUAUCAAGAAAUUGCACGAUAUGAUUCAAUUAGAAAACAAUUUCUUAUAAAUUCGAAUGAAAAUUUUUCAUCUACCAUUGAUAAAAAUACUGGUCAAUUAACAGUAAUUAAUACUCAGAAUAAAAAUCUUAUUUAUACAGAAAUAAUUAUGCAUGCACAAUCAGGUUUAAGUAAAGAUGAUGAUAUUUUACAUGAUAUUUAUCGUUUUAUUCGUCUUUCAACUUCAUCACUUAAUUGUACAACAAAUAUUACAAUUAAUGUUGAUGAAUCAAUUGAAAUUCAAUGUACAAUUGAAUAUGAAUUUAUUAAAUAUGAGGAUUUAGAUAAUUAUCAACCGAGAAUUAAUUUUACAUUUUAUUUAAAACAAAAUGAUUCAUUUUAUACAGCUGUUAAUCAAGAAUAUUUGAAUGAAAUCAAUGAUAUACAAAUAGAUGAUAAUGCAACAUGGAUUUGGAAACGUUCAAUUAGUUAUACAGUUAGAUUGAUGAAUAAAGAAGAAAAUUAUAGAGAAUAUGCUUGUAUUAUCGUACCUGAUACAUUAAAAAUUGUAGAUAUAUUUCAAGACGAUAAUCGAAUAUGUCGUACGAAAAUUGAUAUCCAAAAUAAUGAUUCUUCAAUAAUAACAUUUCCACAAUUAAAUCAAUGGAAUUUAAUCGAUAUAAUAAUAAUUAUUUUAAUUCUAAUCAGUAGUCUCUUACUUAUCGUAUCACUAAUUCUUUGUAUACUAGCACGAAAAUACAAUAAAAAACGUACAAUUCAGAUAAAACCAGAAAUUUUAGAUAAAACAAUAACAUUACCAUAUGAAACAAAGCAAACAUUUUCCAAAGAGAAUCUAUUUUCAAAUAAUAAUGAAAUGAAAUCUGAACCUUCUUUAAAAACUCUUUCACCUCAACAACAUAAACCAGGUUGUCCAAGAUAUAUUCCAUCACCUGAAUCUAAUCUUCUUUCAAGUGAUUUAUUUACUCAUACAACGAUUGAUAAUAUCAAAAAAAUAAUUCUUCCUGAUAUUCCUCAAACAAAUGAUCUAUUUGAUGAUCAAACUUAUAUUCAUUUUUAUAUACCAUCAAAUAAUGAGAAUCUAUCAAUGAAAAAACUUCAUUCAUCAUUGUUCGAAAAAAGCCAAUCUACUCAUUAA